UCGGCUUGUGGAGUGGUUGGGUUCUGCGCCGAGCUGCGGCCGUGGCACCCUCCAGCUGGGAGCUCUCUGUGCGCUGCGGUGGAGGCCUGGGGCGCCGGGCAGGGGUUACGUGCAGGAUGGAAUGAGGCCUCCGACCCAAGAGAAGUCCAGUCCACUUUCUGGUUGAAUGUUUUGUCCCUGGACCCUGUGACUUUGGGCACACACUGGAACCUUUCAGCCUAACAGUCUUCCCUCCUUCCCUGCAGCAGCUGUGGCAGUCCUGGGCAGACUAAGACAUGAGAAAAAUACCCAACCAUGGGACCCUGCGGAUGACAAAAGUGGUAUACCCGCUGGGGCUGUGCGUGGGCCUGUUCAUCUACGUCGCCUACAUCAAGUGGCACCGGGCCUCUGCUCCCCAGGCGUUCUCCUCCAUUACCGGGGCAGCCCAUGUCUCCGCGGGGUCGGCCACUCAUGCUCAUGAGGUCUUCUAUGGAAUCAUGUUUGAUGCUGGGAGUACUGGCACCCGUGUGCAUGUGUUCCAGUUUGCCCGACCACCUGGAGAGACUCCCACCUUGACCCACGAGACCUUCAGAGCGCUGAAGCCAGGGCUUUCUGCUUACGCUGAUGAUGUCGAGAAGAGUGCUCAAGGGAUCCAGGAGCUGCUGGAUGUUGCUAAGCAGGACAUUCCGUUUGACUUCUGGAAGGCCACCCCGCUGGUUCUCAAAGCCACAGCUGGCUUGCGCCUGCUACCUGGAGAGAAAGCUCAGAAGCUGUUGCAGAAGGUGAAGGAGGUGUUUAAGGCGUCACCUUUCCUGGUAGGAGAUGACUGUGUUUCCAUCAUGAACGGAACCGAUGAAGGUGUCUCUGCGUGGAUCACCAUCAACUUCCUAACAGGUAGCUUGCGAGGCCCAGGCAGGAGCAGCGUGGGCAUGCUGGAUCUGGGUGGUGGGUCCACUCAGAUCACCUUCCUUCCUCGGGCCCAGGGUACCCUGGAGGCCUCCCCGCCUGGCCAUCUGACAUCACUGCAGAUGUUUAAUAGGACCUACAGGCUCUAUUCCCACAGCUACCUGGGGCUGGGACUGAUGUCGGCACGACUGGCAAUCCUCGGUGGAGUGGAGGGAAGACCCGCCAAAGACGGGAAGGAGUUGGUCAGCCCUUGUCUGUCUCCUGGGUUCAGAGGCGAGUGGGAGCACGCAGAAAUAACGUACAGGAUCUCAGGACAGAAGUCAGGGCGCCUCCAUGAGCCAUGUGCCAGCAGGGUGUCUGAAGUCCUCCGAAACAAGGUGCACAGAGCAGAAGAGGCGGGACAUGUGGACUUCUAUGCCUUCUCCUACUACUAUGACCUGGCGGCCAGUGUGGGUCUCAUCGAUGCAGAGAAGGGAGGCAGUGUCACAGUUGAGGACUUCGAGAUGGCUGCUAAGUACAUGUGCCGGACGCUGGGUGCCCAACCACACCGCAGCCCCUUCCUCUGCAUGGACCUGAUUUAUGUCAGCCUGCUACUCCGCGAGUUUGGCUUCCCUGGGGACAAAGUGCUAAAGCUGACUCGGAAAAUUGACAAUGUGGAGACCAGCUGGGCUCUGGGGGCCAUUUUCCACUACAUUGACACCCUGAACAGACGGAAGAGUAUAGCGUGAUAGCAGCUGGGCCCCAGUCGCAAGCUGUGUCCCCAGCCAUCCCCACACACCUCGUCUGGACCUGACCCUGUUCUGCAGGAGCCCAGCUGCCUGAGCCCCUCAGCAGAUCUAUCACAGCAUGGAAGGCGGGCCUGGGCCAUGGCUCCAGAUGGACGUGAGCCAUGCGUAGCCAAGGGCACUUGCUGUUCCGUCUCCCAGUUGUGGGGCAUGGCUGCUGUGUGUGUUCCUGUGUGAAUCUCUUGCCCCCUGUUCUAAGACCCUCCCAAAGGCACCCUGACUCCCUGGGGGGAGCAGAGCAGGACCCAUGGCCUUGUGAUAACUGCACCCCCGUGAGGCUCUCCCUCUACUGAAAAUGUGAAGCCACCCAGAGAUGUGGGGCUGACCCGUCUCUAUGGACCUGUACUGGCUCAGAGUCCCCAGAGAGCAGGCUAGGGUGGGACUAGCUGUAGGAGCAGUGCCAGCUGUGCCGCCCGAGUCCCAAGGCUAUGUGAGCCACAUCCUGGCCCCUUUCUGACAGCCGCACCUUGUCUCCAUGAAUGUACUGCGCCCUGAGCCAUGUGGGAUGGUGCGCGCCUGUGCUGGCCCUGGCUGCAGCCUCCCAGGUCUGCUGAGGCUGUGAAUGUACAGCUCCGUGCUCUGCCAUGAAUAAAAGGUUCAGGGCUCC